UCAGUCGAGCCAGCGAUUCCGCGGCGGUACGAAAGGUGGUGGUAGAGUUCUUCUCUCAGCGGAAAAAUCGCUUCCGGCGUUUACGAGUCAUUGAACUCAUCGGAAGAAAAAGAAAUUUUGAAAAAAAUUCUCACAAAAUGCUCAGAGACGAAUAUUCCGUCUACAUGUUGCAGAACUAAUCCUGAAAGACCUGCUCUAGAUUAGCGCAGGCACUCGAGUGUGUUUCGCGUGAUAAACAAAUAAAAAAACCAAAGAAAAAUUGAAAGGAGGCUGAAGGGAAGACCUUGAGAAAAAAAAGAAAGUGUGUUGUUGGUGAAUUUUGAAAAAUCUUCGAGAGAAAAAUCGUUGCUGAAAAAAAAAAUUGAGGAAUUUGAUGGAUUUGACAGACCGUAGCGACGGUAUUUAUCGGCUAUGACGACUGUGGAGUUACUGUUACGGUAGUGAAAGUAAACGGGUGGUGCUAGUUUUGCAUUGCGAAUACGCACCGGUGGUGUCGAGUUACCUGACAUCAGCUCCUUGUAUAUACGGAUAGUGCAUUCGUUACCGUGAAAGUUGCGGGACCUCGAGGUCGAAAUGUCGUUCCUCUAGGCUUAUAGUCUAUAGAAAAAAAAGAAAAAAAAAGUAUUAAAACACUUGGAUUACUGUGAUCUUUCAGUUCGAGAAAUUUGGCUUCUUCAAGAUACGAGAUGACGGUGGUUAUGGAAGAAACGAAUACCUUCGUCACAUGGCCUUCCCGACUCAAGAUCGGAGCAAAAUCGAAAAAGGAUCCCCACAUAAAAGUCGCUGGACGACUCGAUGAUGUGAGGGCUGCCAAGGAAAAAAUCAUGCAAAUUUUGGACACGCGGCAAAGCAACAGGGUUACCAUGAAGCUCGACGUUAGCUACACAGACCAUUCACAUAUUAUUGGCAAAGGAGGCUUAACGAUAAAGCGCGUAAUGGAGGAAACAGGUUGCCAUAUUCAUUUUCCGGACAGCAACCGCAGCAAUCAUCAGGAGAAGAGCAAUCAAGUCUCCAUUGCUGGCGAAAUGGAAGGCGUUGAGCGGGCUCGCGCACGAGUCAGGAAUUUAACUCCCUUGAUCUUUUCAUUCGAGUUGCCGAUAAUGGGUGCGUCACAAGCGAUGCCAGACUCCACGUCGCCUUACGUGGUAAAGAUUCAGGAACAGUACAAUGUUCAAGUCAUGUUUCGCACACGGCCAAAGUUGCAUGCUACUCUUGUGGUUGUGAAGGGAUGUGAAUGGGAGGUAUCUCAAGUGAAGGAGGCCACCGUUUUGCUGAUUCACUACAUGUGCGAGAACUUAGCUAGUCAAAUUCAAGUACAAAUGUCGAUGGAGAUCUCUCCUCAACAUCACAGCAUCGUGCUAGGAAAGCAAAGCAGUAACUUGAAGAUGAUUAUGCAGCGUACCGCUACGCAAAUCAUGUUUCCUGAUGCCGGUGACCCGAAUAUCCCAAGUCUGAAGAAAAGCAACGUUACCAUUACUGGGUCAAUCCAUAAUGUUUACCUAGCUCGUCAACAAUUAGUGGGUUCUUUACCUCUAGUCCUGAUGUUCGAUCUUCCCGAGGAUUCCGUUUCCUCAGUCGAUACUGAGAAUAUUUCUCACUUGAUGCAAUCUUUAGAUGUGUUCAUAAAUGUACGACACAAACCUAAACAGAGCACUCUUUCCGUAAUUAUCAAGGGAAUCGAACGAAAUGCCACCAACAUUUACGAGGCAAGGAAGCAACUUCUUGCUCUGGAUGAACCUCGGAUUCAAGCUGAAAUUCCAGCCACCUAUCACGUUCCAAAUUCUGGCAGCGUUUUUCAGGGAACAAAUAACAACACUCCUGGUAUGCACAAUAUGAUGAGUGGAGGUCAGGACAACUUUUCGAAUGUGUUGACAGUGAACACUCAGAACCCUCCGUACUGCAUGUCUCCAAUGAUGCACUCACCAAGUCCCCUGAGUCUCUCUCCGCAUUGGGGUCUUCCUUCUAUGUUCUCUCCACUUCCGGUUCAUCAUAAUCCCUAUGUGGUCUCUCACUUGAAUCACCUGCUGACAACGCAGCACAUGAUGGCCGGAAACAUGAUGCCUCAUCCUCAUGGAAUGCCGGGUCAAAAUAUGCCUGGUAUGAAUCAAGUUCAUCCUAACAUGCCCGGAGUUUUCUCCCACAUGAACAGUUUAAGUCUGAACGCGAACUCUCUGUCUGAUAAGGGAGGUAGUGCCUACUCAUCGCUGAGCAGCGUCUCCAGCUCUCUCUCUAGUCCUGCCAUUAGUCCUCGUAACUCUUCUCCAGUAAAUCCCGCGGACUCGACUUCUUCCAAUCUAGAUCUGUCGAGCUUGCUAUCAGAUCUGACUGUUAGCGAUCGCCGAGCGCCGGGAUGCGAGAAGAAAUCUUUAGAAAUGGUGCAACAGAAUCUCACGCCAUUUGACUAUGAGCAGAAGAAAAUGCUUGCAGUGAAAGCAAUGCAAAGCAAACCAAGUCCUACAGACUACCGAGUACCCACUUCUGCCUGGUCGGGCUAUGGACUUAGUCAAAGCACUCCUUUGACACCUGGAGGCGAAGCAAGCAAGUUUUGUUUUCAGGAAUCGGCGAGUCAUCCUUCCGACUUGUGGAAGGAACCAACGACUCCUGUUUUUAAUACUGCGAUGGAUUUUGGAAUUGGAUCGAGUACCGAACGCGCUAAUCAGCUUGGGAUGGCUUCUAAUUAUAUGGAUCACACACCUUCGUCACAAAUGAAAAAGAUUACUUGCAACCAAUACAGCGAUUUGCCCAGUCUACUGGCUAGUUUGGGCCUUGAAAAGUACAAUCACCUUUUCCAACGUCAAGAAAUUGACAUGGCUACUUUCCCCUCGUUAACGGAAAAAGACCUCAUCGAACUCGGAAUAACUGCUUGGGGCGCAAGGCGUAAAAUGGUCCUAAUGAUCACCGAACUCAACAAAAGAUCUAGUCCGUUCUCCGGCAGCGCGGCUCCAGGAGCUGAGCGAAAAAUCAGUUCAUCCACGAGUUCUUCGUCCUCCAUCAAGAGCAACCUCGACACAAAAUGGUGAUUCUGCUCUAAUUAGUGUAUUCACUGUGCUUUUCAAAAGUACGAUGCCUAACAGAGAAAAAAAUGUAUGAUACUUUCAUAGUUUGGAAGCCGGGACCGGUAGAGUCAAUUUUUUUUAACACAUCGUUUAUUUUUUUUUUCUCUUUUUUUUUCCUGUCUUUACUGCGCCCCCGUGCUCUGACAUUAGGUUUAAGAAAUCUGUUUGAAUUUUUCUCUGUUACGUUUAUUAUCAUUCUGCGGGUCGAUUAGAUAUUAGAGAAGUCCAAGUAAAGUUGAGCCAAUUAGGUUCGGUUCUCGUUGAAACGCCUUGAAAGACCAGCAUGAGUUCCGUCAUUUUUCGAGAAGAAAUGACAAAUUAAUUGAGUGCGAUUCGACUUGAACGCGAAACUUGAAGAAAUUAUAUAGACUCUCGUACUUUAAUUAGGUAGGUACGAUUUUGUAUCAAUCGACCGAAUCUGUGUCGCCUUUGUCUGUGAUGAGGUAAGAUGUGUUAAGGCGUUGGGUAAAAAUAUUUUUUGAAAAAGCAAAAAAAAAAACAAAACAUUUAGAUAGUUUUCUCCUCAAGCGUGGAACGUUGGAGACUAAGCUCCGUAAUUGAAAAGAUGGGCGAGGAGGGUCCCGUUGGCAAAUGCAUUCAGCGAACUAUCAACUUGUUAUUCUAUGCAUAAUUUAAUAAAGACUAAACUCGAAAACUUUGGCCGAUCCAUUUUUUUUACAAUGACUUCUCCGUGAUUAACGACUGAGUUUGUAAAAAUUGCUAUUAAAUGGUUCAAUUUCAACUUGGCGAAUCUUCCAUUAUUUUUUAAAAUAAUAAACCCUCAAUAACAUAAUGUUAAACUUGACUAUUGCAGAUUUGAGUGACACCUUUGAAACGAAUUAACUGAACACAAAUUAAUAAUUUUUGUACGCGUAAUUUAAAAACCGAAUCUUUUCGGUUUUAAAUAAACAAUGACUCUUUUCAAUGGCCACGUUUUCGAGUUUUACAUAAAAAAAGUUACAUUAAAGUAUUUAUUAAAGAUGAUGACGCUGAGUGCACGCCGACCAACGGACAGUAAAGAAAAGAAUUGUUGUUGUCGCACCGUGAUAGAAAAAAUUGAAUCGCAAUUAAUCGAGAGACACGAUGAUUUCAGCACAUUUUUAACGAAAGCCCUGAAGCUCGUAGCCAGGUGGAGAAAAAAAACAGUUUCAAAACAUGAGCCGUUCAUUGUCUGACGGCCAUACCAAAUUAAUCAGAGACCAAGUAGUUUCUUUUACGAGUCAUACGAAUCGCGUGAAAAAUAAUGCAAUUUUUUUUUUACUCAAGCAGAACUUUUCGCGCGUUAUAAAUUAUUUUGGUUUUAAAAAACUUUUUUUUUCUUUUUUUUUGUUGGCAUUUGCAUUGCGUUAGGUAACGAGCUCUGCUCACGUGCGCGUCACUCUAGUGACAUCAGUCGUAAGAUUUUUGCCAGUCAAGUUAUUUUUUAAUCCAAUUUUUUUAAAAUAGAAGAUUAACACUUUUUAAAAUAGAAAAAGUUUAGGAAUCUUUUUUUUCAAUAAGCUUUCUGGUCUAAUGAUUUCUUCCUGAAAUUCAUUUCUUCCGGAAACCUUUUCAAGUUUCAGAGGGAAUGAGAAUUCUGGCAAACAUUUUGUUAGGACCUGAAGUUUAUCUUUUGCUUUUCAAUCCUCAAUUUUUUCAAGAUAAUGAGAUCUGAAUAUUGGGAGCUGUAAAAAUAAUAUUCUGUAAUUAUGAAAAAUUAUCGAAUAUUGAUUUUGUACGGGCUGCAUAUUUCUCCUGAUAUCAGGUGAAAUCUUACGAUCGGUAGUUGCCUCGGAAAUGAAAAAAAAUCCAAGAGAGGUAUACUCUGCGCGAGCUUUCAAGUGCCUAGCGAACGAUUUUACCGCUAAAAAUUGUUGACUAAACUUAUCAAGUUUUAAGUAUAAAUUAUUCUUGUUAUAUAAAAUAGCCGAGUCGCGUGCUAAGUAAUUAAAAAUGUGCCUGUCUAUAUGUCUACUGAUGUUAUCCUUGUUGCUAGUUCGGUAGUGAUUUUGUUGAAUAAGUACGUAAAGCAUGAAAGAAUUCCUACGCUUCUAUUCAUCUGCUCGAAACGAUGAUGAACAAACUAGAAGCAAUGAAUGAAGAAUGAUUAAAAAAAAAAAAAAACACAUAUUCUGUCGGAAGUGUCAAGUACAAAUGCCCAGUAAUACAUGAAAAGUAAAUUCCCACUUGGGAAGGCCAAAUUCGAUAUGUUUCUAAUUUCGAUUCUGUGUAUUUUACUUUGCAGUUUCCUGCAGAAAAUAUUGCAACGAGUCUAGGGGAUAUUUCGGACAUUUUCGUUGGGCGCGAAGCAUUUAAAAUAAAAAGAAUAGAAUUCCGUACAAUUAUUCGCGUCAAUAAAGGAAAAUUUCUCGAAAUAAUUUUCCUUAAGUACAGGAAUCGAUGCAGAGAUCUGUUCCUAAUUUUCUUCCUUUUUUUUUUUAUUUAUUUAUUUUUUUUUUGUUUUGUUUGCAUGCGAGGAUAAGAUUUCAGCGUCGCAUUCUUCGUCCGUUGCAAAUUAUCGUAGGUAGGAUGUGAAUGAAAAUCCUUAAUGUUCCUAUUAUAUCGUAUAAAAAGUAAGCGUAUGUUAGUGAUUUUUUUUCUUGUAGGAGAAACGUUUGCGAAAAGAUGCGAGUGAUAAAAUUCGAGCUGAGCCUUAUACGAAACUUGGCUGACAAUGCGAGAUUAAUACAUCCUGAAUGAUGAUGUUUGCAACGAUAAUAAUUGGGCUGUAGGGAAAAUUAUCAAGCCCUUCGAUCCAAAACCUCGCCGGUUAAAGGAUUCGGUGUCUACUUUUUCCCUAGUGUUUCCCCUCUGACAUUUUUUGCGAUUGGCAAAUUUACAUGACAUACCUCUCUCUUUAUCAGAUAAAUGCAGCGGCAAUCGGUGCGCUGCCAUAUUUCGAAUUACAUACGAAAACACCUUUCAAAAUGUACAGUAUUGCUUCUUCUUCGUAUUUCCUUCCUUUCAAGGCUUUGGAUGGAGUAGAAAAAAUGAUGAGAUUUGCAUAUGCAUUUUAUCGGUUUUUAUUCACAUCGAUGUCAGCGAUAAAAGCCAAAUAAAGUUUUUAUAUGCUAUUUAUAUCCUAUUUUUGAAUUGCCUUCAUUUCAUUGGUUAGAAUGAUAAAUAGAAAAAAAUAAUGGGGAAAAAGGUUUUUUGAAAGUUGGAUCUAAAUGCAUGAAUAAAGUCGCAUAAAAACUAGCAAAUCAUCUAUUUUGAUCGACUCUUUGUUCAUCCGCCUCGACGAGGAGGAAUUUUCUGCAGAAGUUCUCAUGUAUCAAAAAAAAAAAAGAAGAAAAAAAUGAAGCAUGGUUGGUAAAUGAAGUGCGUUAGAUGAUAAUAUAAAAAUGCGUCCGAUAGAACGCAAUCGUAAUCAGACUGACCGGACAGGCUUCUAUUAGAGCUUCCUGAUUAAUUACUUAAUUGCUUUUGCAGCAGCACUAGUUGUAAGCGAACCCUCUUCCAACUCGCUGCAAAUAUUUAGCCAUGCUUUUUGAUUAUUUGCGUAAGAAAAAAUGGUAUUUCUUCUUCGUUCGGGAAAAUUGGUCACGUAAAAAAAAAAUAUAUUCCAGAAGCCGAUUGAUCGAUCGAUUUGUUGAGGAGCGUUUGAUGGAAUCGAUCCGUUUCAUUUUUCUGUGACGGCGUAGCCUAGUCUGCGUUAAUAAAUAAUCGAAAGCGAUGUAAAAAAAUUGAGUUUCAAAGUCAGUGUAUGGUGUAUGAAUAAUUCAUUAUGUUACAGCGCCCGAAAGCCUGCAUUUUGAAGAAUUGUAUUACAAAGAACAUUCCAGCGAUAACGGUUACUUAAAGGAAUGGAUAUUGUUAUCAGGUUUAAGAGGCGAGAGAUAUACUAAUUUAUAUGUACUUUCUGUGUUUUUGUACUAUUAGCGAUUAAUUAUACGAUAAUAAUCAAGGGACGUACCCGCCCAUCUAGGUGCAACUAGUAAUAUAUUAUAUUAUAUAAUUAUACAAUAGUUAUAUCUAAGCAGCGGUAUACGUUUUAUAAUAGUGCAGCAUGAUAUUUUUAUAUGAUAUAUUAUAUAUACGAUGUAAUAUUUUCAUAAACUGCAGAUAUAUUCUGUAUUGAUUUAUUAUUGUUUGUUUGAAAAUAACGCUGAUUAUUGAUGAAAUUGAAGCAAAGAUGCAUUGAGAAUUAAACAAAUUUUGUAUUGCUACUUUUUAAUAAAAUCAGUCUUUGCGCGCCCUA